AUGAACGGACCCACUGGAAGCGAAAAGGUCGUGUACACGACGUGCGCGGGUGCCUUCUUCGGUGCUGCCGUCGGGUCCGUCGAGUCCGUGUGGGCUAUCCCCAAGCUCGGUGCCAAGCUGCCGAAGCUCUCGACCCAGCUCAAGCAUCUGGGCACGCGUUCGUUCGUAUUUGCUGCGGUUGGGUGCAUUUUUUCGACGGGUGAGUACCUCUCGGCAUCAAUUCGUCAGACGGAGGACCCAAUCAAUGCCGGUGUGGGUGGUGCGCUUGUGGGCAUCGUACCUGGUAUCGUGAAGCAAAGUAUGCGUGUGGGUGUCGGUGCUGGUGUUGCGGCAGGCGCUGCCAUGUGCGCUGCAUCGUUCUGGCAAUCUUCUCAGGAAACACCUUUCGAAAAGUAUGCUACUGCACAAUAUGCCGAUCGCUCCUAG